AUGCAUACAUCAUGUAUCAACCUUCCAGGACCCCUGGCAACCCUCCCUAAGGAAUUAUACAUCAUGAUAUCCGAGUUCCUCCCCGCACGGGACCUAAACGCCUUCACCCGCACGAACACAGCAACCUACAAACUCCUAAAAAAAACCCUCUACAAGCUCGAUGUAACCUCCCCAGCCCCCAAAUCCCUCUUCUGGGCCUCAACAACCAACAACACCUCCACAGCCCUACACUCGCUCUCCGCAGGCUUCGACAUCCAAUCAAAAACAGACACAGAUCCGCGCAUAAAAGGCUGUACCCCAAUCAUGCUAGCCGCUUUUCACAACAGCCUAGCAGUCCUGAAACUGCUUUUGCUAAACGACGACGCAAAUCCAAAUAGCCGCGACAGGAUAUGUAUCCGUCCGCCGCUGUCUUGGGCUGUCAAAGAGGGUCAUUAUGCUGUAGUGCAGACGCUGUUAGAUGACGACCGCACCGAUGUCAACCUGCAAGAUAAGUCCGGUGAUACUGCGCUUUUGAUUGCCGCCAUUCACCAGCCUAGAAUGGUCACGCUGCUUCUGUGUAGUAGGCGGGUGGACCCACGCGUGCCGAAUAGACAAGGGUGGACGCCGCUCAGUCGUGCAGCGCAGCAUGAAAAUGAGGCAGUGGAAUUGCUGCUUGCUAGGCAUUUGCGGCUGAUUCUCGAUGGUGAUGAUGGUGCUGCGCAUUGUCAGCAUGUGUUUUUCUAUGCGGCUAUCAUGGGACAUGUCGAUGUUGUGCAGUAUUUGGUCAAGUAUUUCGGGGAGAACCUUGAUCCUGGCUCUGACGGACAUAAAUAUGGUCGGGGCGCAUUCUCUAUUGCGGCUUGGGCGGAACGGGUGGACGUUGUGCGGUUUCUGUUGCAGUGGGAGGCCACGGAUCCUAAUCUGCAAACGCAUUGGAGGAGACAGACGCCUUUGUUUGUUGCUGCGGAGAGUGGACAUGAGGAGAUUGUGAAAUUGCUGGUUGAAUGUGAGAGGGUUGGAUUGGAGAUUCCCGAUAUGGAUGGGACUACGCCGUUGGCGGUUGCGGCAGAUCGAAACCAUGAAGGGGCUGUGAGGCAGUUGUUGAGUGGACCUCGACGAGCUAAUCCUAAUGCUCGUAAUGAGGAUGGCCAGACACCGCUGUUUAUUGCUGCCUUUUAUGGUCAUAUAGGCAUCGUGAAACUACUCCUCGGCGCUGAUGGGAUUGAUCCACAACUGGGUGACAUGGAUGGGAAGACACCUUUAGAGGUCGCGUCGGAAAAUGGGAAUGAACAGGUCGUGAAGAUAUUACAGGAGUACAUAGAUGGCUCCUCAUGA